AUGGGAGAUCCACUACCGUCGUCCUACUAUUGUCGAUCAGAAAAGUAUAGUUCGAAAUUCACAAUGGUGAAAAGCAUUCGAUCCAUUUUAUCGCCACUUUUGUUAAUCAGUUCGGUGUGCGGUUUGAGGAUUAUCGAGUUUUCUGCGGGAUAUCCAAAACUUUGGUUCAAUCUCCUCUACAUUUCACUAUUGUGGUCGGUUUAUUGUUUUUUCGCAAUAGAUAAAGCAAUAUCUUUUAUACCUGAUGAAUCCGCAGAUUAUAUUAUUUAUGUUUCAUUGAACAUUUAUACAGUUUUGUUAUCAAUACUUCUCGGAAUAUAUCAUUAUAAGAAAUUUAGAAACUGUUUAAAGAAGCUCGCUGUUGUGGAUGACACAUUGAAGAAACUCGGAACAACGACCGAUUAUGAAAAAUUAAAUAAAAGAACGAUGUGGAUUAUCUUAGGCUGGUUAGUAAUAGUUUCAUUAUUAAACUAUUGCGAUUACAUGCGAUGGCGAGAUAUGUAUGAUGCUCUAACAUCCGUCUAUGCAACGCUUGUACUAAACUAUUGUUCCGAUAUCAACAUUAUUGAAGACCUGAUUUUUGCAAAUAUUCUUGGAUACUUAGGAUUGAAAUUUGAUCAAGUCAACGAAUAUUUUCACAAAUUGGCAACAGAAAACGUAUGUGAGCAAACUUGGAAAAGUCCUACGUUACAUUCGCAACAAUGCAAACUUUCGAAUGCUCCAAGCAGUAAACAUAUGACGUGGAUCGUAAUGUAA